AGUUAGGAUGUCUUUCUUCGGCAUCACGACUUUGGGUCCGCCCAACAUCUUUCAACUCUACAGGCACCAGGAGAUCUCCGCCAUCUCCAAAGAAGACUUCUUCGUCGCCUUUCGCAUGGUUGCAGGAGGAGCUGGCACCAUCACCAAGGAUCAGAUCAAAGACGUCAUGCAUGAGGUCGGCGCUCCCACAGAGGGUGAAGACUUCGACAAGUUCUCCUCCUUCUUCGACAACCAUGACGCCUUCAACCUUGAGAGCUUCGAGGAUGCGCUCGACGACUUCAUGGCCAACAACCCCACCAAGCCAGCCAAGCAGUAUGUGUCGUCUUCUAAGCUUAAGGAGGACAGGCUCAAGCACAAGCGAUGCGAGGGAUCCUCCGCCCAAAAGUACCACGUGCCCCUCACGUCCUCACAAGAGUACGGCUGGGGGAACCCAACCGACAACAUCAAGCGAGCCCUUCCUCCUUGCGGUAAGAUGUUCGCUCACCGACCAUCGCACAUGUCCUACUAUGCCGAGUGCAUGAUCUGCUAUGAGGAAGGACGAGACUUGUCUGCUGGGCCCACCUUGAAGGCCAUGGAGCUAUGAGAGGGGUCUCAGUUGGAUCUUCGCGUCCUCUUCUCUCUUUAUUGUCUAAGCAGGAUGUGUCUGGUAACCUCAUUUCGUCACUUGCCCCUGGGCCGUGCUUCGUCGAGCUCGCACACGCGCAAGAGCAGACGUGAGGGCGGGCUGGGCGACCAUGGCCGCGUCCUGCUCGUUCAUGGGAGCCUGCAAGAUCGUGAGUGCAGGCAGGAGAUGACAAGCUGAUUGCCUUGGGCUCGAUCUGCUGCUUCUUCUUGUCUGCUCGCUUGAGCUCCUCAACUUCAGUCUUGAGCCUCAUGAUUUCAACCUUUUCAUCAUAUCAAUAAACUGUAAAGCCACAGC